AUGGGCGACGACGACAGGGUCACAGCUGCCAACUCGACCAGCUCUUCACCCGCUGCGUCCACGGCCGCGUCCGUGUCUGUCUCUGCUCAAGGCACAGGCACAGGCACGGGUACCACCGCCAACGUCCCGCAAAAGCCUCCGCGCAUCCUCGCAUGCGUGCUCUGCCAGCACCGUAAGAUCAAGUGCGACAGGAAUUUCCCCUGCGCCAACUGCGUAAAGGCAAAUGUCACAUGCACUCCCAGCACUCCGGCUCCCGCGCGGAAACGCAGGAGGCCGAAUCAAGAUCUCCAGGAGCGCCUGGCGCGGUGCGAGGAACUGUUGAAGGAGUACGCCUCUGCGAAGCCCCCUUCCCCUUCACCCGCCAGUACCCCCUCCCCCAAGCGCGCCAAACUCGAACGCCCGCCCGAGUUCACAGACCCUGCUGCGAAAUGGAAGCCCGCCGGCCAGCUGAUCGAGGAGGACGGCGGCCUGCGAUUCAUGGAGUCCCGAGUCCUGGGGACAGUAUACGAUGAGCUGAGAUCGAUGCGCAAACUGGUCGACGAGGAGAUACAAUGUGACGAUUCCACUCCGGCUCCAUUCGAUGACUACUCAAAUUCUCCCGAUGACAACUCUGAGUUGAUCUUUGGCGCCGAGACCCCAUCUUCCAACCAAGAAGACCUCACACCAAGCCCGGGCCAAGUCGUGCGCCUCUGGCAGAUCUAUCUCGACCGCUGCAACCCCCUGACCAAGGUCAUUCACGUCCCCACCGUCCAGCCUUUCGUGCUAGAAGCGACCGGCAAUGCCCCAAACUUGCCGAAGAAUGUCGAGGCCUUGCUAUUCGCCAUAUACACACUUGCGGUUGUGUCCAUGACCAAGGAGGAGAGUGAGGAAGUGCUCGGUAUGCCCAGGGAAAAGGCCCUGGCCAGGUUCAGCGCCGGCCUCCGCUCAUGCAUGAUCCGUUUGGGCUUCCUCAAGACCCACGACCUCUUCACUCUGCAGGCUCUAGUCAUAUACCUGAUCUCCUUACAAGGCAGGUACAAUCGCCAUGCAUCAUGGAUCCUCAACGGAGUCGUCAUCCGCAUCGCCCAGAAGAUGGGCUUGCACCGCGACGGUGAGCUGUUGGGGCUGAAGCCGUUCGAGACAGAGAUGAGGCGGCGUUUGUGGUGGCAGAUCAUCAUGCUCGAUUCCAAAUACGCCAUACUAUCUGGCCUCAGCCAUACACUGCUUCCCCGUGGCUGGGACACCAGGGAGCCCAAGAACAUCUCGGAUGUCGAUCUAUUGCCUACUGCCACAGAGCCAAUUCAGGAUCAGGAGGGCCCGACCGACAUGAUCCUUGUCCUUGUCGUCUUCAAGAUCGCAAAGAACCUGGUCCAGGCGCCCGAUAUCGAGGCAGUUCUGAUCCUGGAUGCGCUCGAGUUCAAGACGGCUCCACAGAGCGAGAAAAUCGAACAAUAUCGCACUAUUGUCCGGCAGCUCAAACAAGAUUUUGAAGAGCUCUUUAGGAAGUGCUCGUCGCCGACGGCAGGGGACCUCCAUAAACUGGCCCAGCAAAUAGGAGACCACAUGAUGAGCAAGCUCUGCCCAUUAAUCACAAGCUCGGCGGAGGGCCGUGACGCGAACGACGAGGCCUUCGAUCAAAGCAGCAACACCUUCAGGGUCGCCGUCGACUCCACGAGUCAUGCUGUCGAGCAGCACAAGAUCGCCAACUAUCCAGCCUGGGACUGGUUCCACCGAUUGCACUUCCAGCUCGACAUUUUCGCGUACCUGGUUGGCCAGUUGGGCCACCGCACGAGCGGGCGCCUGGUGGACCAUGCGUGGGAAAUCGUCGAGCAAGUCUACAAAUACUACCCGGAAUUCUACGACACUUCUCAGAGGGUAUACCACCAGCUCGCAUACUUCUUGUUCAAGGCCUGGCGCAGGCGGGAAGAAGUCCUUCGCUCGCGAUUGGGCCACCCGCCGGAAGUCCCGUACUGUGUGCAGAAGCUGCGGGCAACGAUGCCAGGGCCGGACGACUCGAGCGUCAAGAGCGAGACAGGGAAGACGCCCAACAACGAGAUGUUCAACUUUGUCACUAGCGGCGCCAGCCGUUACAACGGCAAUGGCGACAGAGGAGCGAUGCAUUACAACGGGGCCGAGAGUUCACAGUUCGACAUAUACAUGGGCAACUAUUUCGACCUCGAUGCGUUGGAGUUCGAACUGUGGGGCGGCAACAACGCGCAGAUGGUUCCCAACAUGCCGGUGGGCAACCCAGCGGCAGCGACGAUGCCGGUGCACAACCAAUUUCCAUACGGGAUGGGGCCUCCCUCUGAUUGGUGA